CGGCAUUUCUCCUUCAAAACUAGAAGGAAACAACAACAGUACUCUCUCAAUACCAGUAGUCUGAGAGGCGGAAAGAGAAUCGCUUCUUCCAAUUCGAAAUGGCUUUCGCCACUCGCUUCCUCUCCAGAUCCACUCGCCAGGCGUAUGCUGGGCAAAAUGUUUUGCGAUCGGAGUAUGGUGAUCAAUGUCGUUCAUUCGCCAAAGGAGCUGGCCCUGCUCCUACGGCGUUAAAGGGUGAUGAGAUGUUGAAGGGCAUUUUUCUUGAGGUAAAGAAGAAAUUUGAGACAGCCCUAGGGAUUCUCAGGCAAGAGAAAAUUAUGAUAGAUCCUCAUGAUCCUGCUGCUGUGGCUCAAUAUGCCAAAGUCAUGAAGACUAUAAGAGAGAAGGCUGAUCUUUUCUCUGAGUCACAGAGGAUCAAAUAUACCAUUGAAACACGAACACAAGAUAUUGCUGAUGCUCGAUCCUAUUUACUUGCCUUGAAGGACAUAAGGAUGAAGAGGGGCCUUGUCGAUGAAUUGGGUGCAGAGGCUAUGAUGAUGGAUGCACUGGAUAAAGUUGAAAACGAAUUAAAGAAGCCACUCAUGAGAAAUAAUGAAGAGGGAAUGUCCCUCCUUAUGGCUGAGUUUGAUAAGAUCAACCAAAGGCUUGGCAUUCGUAGAGAAGAUCUGCCCGAGUACGAGGAACAGUUGGAACUUAAAAUUGCAAAAGCCCAACUGGAGGAGCUGAAGAAGGAUGCUCUUGAAGCAAUGGAAACUCAGAAGAAACGGGAAGAGUUCAAGGAUGAAGAAAUGCCUGACGUGAAGUCAUUAGACAUCCGAAACUUCAUCUAAGCAUGAAAUUAGUAUCUAUCUUGUUUGCUAGUUGUUCUACCUUUUGGUUGUGGCAUAUUUUUGGUGCUCCUUGGCAAUCUCCUAUGUCGGGUGGAGAUCUGCUGCAGAUUCAAGAGUACCGAGGCAUAACAAGGCUUAGCAUGCUGAAAAUUUGCUAUGCAUAUAUUUCAGAACUUGAUCAUCUAUUGCAAUAAUCGUUUUGGCGUACAUCUCAAAUUUUUUGUUAGCUUGGUUGGAUGGCUUUCUCUCUUCAAAUGUGAUUUACUAUUUUCGGCUGAAUCUUUAGCAGCAGCCAGCCCUUUUUGAUUAUUGUGACUGGCUCAGGGCCUCAUCCAUAGUACAUAGAAAGUGAGAUUUAGGGAGAAAAUGUGACGAGUCCUUUGAAUAAUUUGCGGUUGGAUUGUGUUUUGUGUAGUUUAUUGAGGAAGUUUUGAGUUAUCUACUUGGAAUGGAUUCAUCGUCGUCUACUA